UUUGACUUUCUGGUUUCUAUCUAUGACUCUGAUUAGUUUAGAUAUAUACACCUUCACUGUGGAUACGUACGGUUCGAUUAGGUUCUUGACAAAAGCAACAAGCUUUAUGUCAAAAAAAUGAAACUCGAUUACAAGAUUAGCAUUUCAAUUGCUCUGUUUUUGUUUCUUUUAACCUAUCAAUGGCCAAAAACUGUAAUAGCAGACUCACAAUGCAAAGCAUGGCUGGUCCAAUCAAUUCCUACCGACAUGCCUCACCUCCAUCAAGUUUCCGGUGUUCUUUCCACCGGGGACGUGCUUCGUUGGUUAGCCGGUAACGCAACUAAGGGAUUAGAUGUUAUAGCACAAUACUGGCAGCUAAUUGCAAAUCCUGAAGACCCAAGUUCCGGAGAAUACGGAUACUCCGAACAGAACAUGACAAACUUUGGUGCUUUUGAAGGGUCUUCUGUUUAUAAAUCCAUAGAAGAUGCUGCAGAUCGCAAUGUCAGUAUCAGAUUUUUACAGCAUUCAGGUGUGUCUCCUGAUUACACUAAAGAGCCGGAUGAUAUUGCUUCAGGAAGGGAAAAUGUGGAAAAUGUGACUUUAUUACUUGGAGAAUGGUGGGGCUCAGGUAUAGUUCAUGCCAAGGUUUGGAUAUCUGAUAAUAAACAAGUGUACAUUGGAUCUGCUAACAACGAUUGGAAAUCUCUUACUCAGGUUAAGGAGGUUGGGAUUUAUCUUGUUGGAUGUAAAAAGAUUGUGAGAAAGGUGGAGAACUACUUUGAAAACUUAUGGACACUUGCCCAUCUUGAUUCAUCAGCUUACACUAGUACCGUAUGGGAUCAGCAGUGGCAGAUUAGUAGAACAGUUCCUUGCUGGUCUCAUUUCCUUCAUUCUAAGGAAAGGUGCAGGUCUCCUCUUCCCCAUCGGUUUGUGGAGGUUUCCCAUGUCGCCGGCUAUCCUGUGCUAUCAGACCCACAUAUGUUUGAAGUUCCAAUUAUAACUCCUGGAAACGAUGAUUCAACUUUAGAGCCUGAAUUGAGCUAUUUAUCUUUUGCUCCUCCUGAGCUAUCAUUCGGCAAGUUUCAGACUGAUGAACAGGCAUGGGUUGAUACAAUAAAGUCUGUUGGAAGUGGAGCAACGGUUAGGAUUAAUACUAUGGAUUGGCUUGGCCAGUCACAAUAUACAAAGCAAAAGGUUUACUGGUCCUUGCUAUCCUCUGCAAUAUCAGAGGUCGUCUUCUCCAAGCAUGCGACAGUAAAGAUACUGGUAGCAUACUGGGCACACUUCAUCAACAACACAGAACAGUAUCUGAAUUCGCUACUCUAUUCCAAUGUCCUAUGCUCUUCUUCAAAGUACAACAACUGUUCUGGCAAAGUGGAGAUCAAAUACUAUGUGGUUCCGGGUUACAAUCAGACAGGACCUGCAAUCAGCAAUGGGACCAGAACAGGAAAUAUCUAUCCAGCUUUUUCCAGGGUGAAUCAUGGAAAAUAUGCAGUUAGUGAUGUGCGAGCACACAUUGGAACAAGCAACCUUGUAUGGGACUAUUUCUAUACAACAGCUGGUAUCAGCUUUGGAACAUACAACCCUACUAUUGUUUUACAACUUCAAGAGAUCUUUGAUGCCGACUGGAAUUCACCAUAUGCUAUUCCAGUUGAAGGGCAGGGGUCAGGCCAUUCUUUCUCUAGCUGACUACGUUGGCGUGAUGAAGGACAUGAAUUUUUCGAAAAGGCUUUGCAAUGUACGUGAAGGUGUGAACAAACGUUCAUCUCUAACUGAUCUUGCACAAUUCCCAUCCUGCAUAUGAAAGAGUAUUUUGGCUAAUGCCUUGUUGCGACUGAACUUGGCCAAUGAACUGAACUUGACAAGCUUAAUAAGCUUUUCUCCUGCA